UGUGGAUUUCAUGGACCGUCAACUGCUGAAUUGAACGUGAAGGCAGAAAAUGGCUCAUCCAUGUCGACCUCAGGCAAACCCCUAGAGGGCAUGAAGUUCGUUAUUGUUGGGGACAAGUUCGGAAUGGAUAAAAAGGAGAUGAAGAACAAGAUCAAGGAGCUCGGGGGAGAAGUGGCAAGCAAAGUGGAGAAGAACACUGCAGCCGUCAUCACUACUGCUGACCACAUUGGAGGGACCAACAAGAAGAUCGAUGCGGCCAAGGAGCACAACAUCCAGUGCGUGAGUGACGACUUCCUGGAGGAGGUGGAGAAGGGGGGCGCACUGCUCAUGAUUCAGAAGAAGAACUUGGCGCCUUGGGGUGGGGAUCCCCAGGACAGAGUCCAUGCUUCCAAGUCAUCAAGUAAAUCCAAAUUCGGUAAGGAUUUGUGUCUUUUUCCAUCCUUUUAUGCUCAUGACAUCAGGCCCCUUGGAUUAUUAGCUUCUCCUGUCUGUCAGAUGUUUCAAUUUGUGAAGCAAAGAGCAUGA